AUGUACGUGGAGGGCGCCCCCUGCAACCUAGAGCAGACGACUCACAGCGAUUUGACCAGUGCCGGUCCACUGCCGUGGGUGCAUGUUGCAGGAGGCAAUGAGUCAUCCGAAUCCCUGGUGCAACGAGAAAACGGUAAACUCAUUAUUCGUCAAGUAGAGGAUUUCGUCAACAGCGCUGUCAAAUUCGAGUCGCAGCAGUUCACCUACGGCUUCAGCACCGCAGGCGGGUCGCGUUUCCCCGCUGCCCUGGCCGUGCAUCUCAACGAGUAUCUCAAGCCGCACAAGCCCAUCACCGCCGAACACAUCCAAGUCACCGGCUCGGCUACCCCAUUGCAUGAGAUCCUGGCCUGGGGCCUGGCUGACCCAGGCGACGGCAUCCUCACGAGCCGGCCCGUCUACGGGCGAUUCGAGCUCGAUUUUGGCAAUAGAGCCGAGGUCAAGAUCGUCUAUGCCGACACCCACGCCGAGAAUUGCUUCGACGAAGAUGUGGUCGACAAGUUUGAGGAGGCCUUGGCUCGGUCGGAGGCCGAAGGUGUCACCAUUAGAGCGAUCCUCAUCGUCAACCCUCACAAUCCGCUUGGGAAAUGCUAUCCCAGGGAGACGCUCAUCGCGCUCAUGAAGUUCUGCCAAAAGAAGCAGAUCCACCUCAUCAGCGACGAGAUCUAUGCCUGCUCCAUCUUCGACUCGGGCGAAUCCGAUGCUGUGCCUUUUACGUCAGCCCUCGCCAUCGACCCGGCUGGCAUCAUCGAUACGGAACGUCUGCACGUCACCUACGGCUUCAGCAAGGACUUUGGCUCAGCCGGUCUGCGUAUCGGCGCCAUCAUCACCCGCAGCAAGGCCGUCGAGUCAGCCAUCACGGGCGUAAUGCGCUUCCACAACCCUGCAGGGCCAAGCUUAGCCAUUGGUGCUGCCAUGCUCGAGGAUCGCAAAUGGUGUCGCGAGUUCGUCGAGUCGUCGCGCACAAAGCUUGCCGCGGCAUACAAGCAUGCGACGCAGGGGCUUCGCGAUGUCGGCAUCGACUACCUGCCGGGAAGCAAUGCCGGGUUCUUCGUCUGGAUCGACCUCUCGCGGCACCUGCCGGAGGAUCUCGACGGUGAGCCGAAUAGCGAGUUUGCCUUGGCCAAGAAGCUGAGGGAGGCUGGCGUAUUCCUGCAUCCCCGGGAAGAACACUCACUCAAGCCAGGAUGGUUCCGCAUGGUGUAUACGCAGAGCCCGGACAUUGUGACUGAAGGCAUUAGGAGGAUUAAGAAGGCCAUCUCAUAA